UCUUUAAAACCCCAUUUUCCAGUGGUUGAUACUGCACUAAGAAGUAUUUGUUUUAGUUUUGUGCAUUGUGCUGUCCACUGAUCCUGACGCACCAAUUCAGUACAUUUGCCAGCAGAGAUCAUUGUGAGAUCGCAGGUCAGGAGGAUGACUGCUCGAGUGUGUUUCUCGUUGAUUGCCGUUUUAUCGUGUCUGUUCGGAUACUUGAGCAUAACUCAUGCUAUUCAAAGACAAACCACAGUGAAGCCGGGUCAAUGUCCCCUACCGGAGAUGAUUCCACUGCGUGCUGAAAGCUGUGUCCGUGACAGCCAGUGUCCUGCCACACAGAAAUGUUGCCCAACCGCUGGUGGCUUUUCAUGCAGUGAACCACGUGGCCAGGGCAAAGGUCAGGGCCAGGGAAGUGGUCAGGGCAAGGCUCAGGGAAGCGGCCAGGGUAGCGGUCAGGGCCAGGGAAGUGGUCAGGGCAAGGGUCAGGGAAGUGGUCAGGGCAAGGGUCAGGGAAGCGGUCAGGGAAGCAGUCAGGGCCAGGGCCAUGGUCAGGGAAGUGGUCAGGGAAGCAGUCAGGGCAAUGGAAGUGGUCAGGGCCAGGGAAGCAGUCAGGGCAAGGGUCAGGGAAGCGGCCAGGGAAGCAGCCAGGGCCAAGGUCAGGGUCAGGGAAGCGGCCAGGGUAGCAGUCAGGGCCAGGGAAAUGGUCAAGGCAAUGGAAGCGGUCAGCGCAAGGGUCAGGGAAGCGGCCAGGGAAGCGGUCAGGGCCAGGGAAGCGGCCACGGUCAGGGAAGAGGCCAGGGCCACGGCCAGGGAAGCGGUCAGGGCCAGGGUCAGGGAAGUGGUCGGGGAAGUGGCCAGGGAAGCGGCCACGGUCAGGGCAAAGGCCAGGGAAGCAGUCAGGGCAAGGGUCAGGGAAGCGGCCAUGGUCAGGGUCAGGGAAGUGGCCAUGGUCAGGGCCGUGGUCAGGGCCAGGGAAGUGGUCAGGGCCAGGGAAGUGGUCAGGGCCAGGGAAGUGGCCAUGGUCAGGGCCAUGGUCAGGGCCGUGGUCAGGGCCAGGGAAGUGGUCAGGGCCAGGGUAGCGGUCAGGGCAAGGGUCAGGGCCAGGGAAGAGGCCAGGGCCAUGGUCAGGGAAGUGGCCAGGGAAGCGGUCAGGGCAAGGGUCAGGGAAGCGGCCAGGGCCAUGGUCAGGGCCAGGGAAGCGGCCAGGGAAGCGGCCAUGGUCAGGGAAGCGGUCAGGGCAAGGGUCAGGGAAGCGGCCAGGGCCAUGGUCAGGGUCAGGGAAGUGGCCAGGGAAGCGGCCAUGGUCAGGGAAGCGGUCAGGGCAAGGGUCAGGGAAGCGGCCAGGGCCAGGGAAGCGGCCAGGUUCAGGGAAGGGGCAAUGGUCAGGGAAGUGGCCAGGGUCAGGGAAGCAGUCAGGGCCAGAGUUGUGGUUGCAGAUAUGGUCAUGGUGGGGGAUGUACGUGUUGA